AUGGUUCCCGAAAAGCUGGCCGACACCGGUCUAGAAGAGGAGGACGAGGAUUGCCAGGAGGAUGAUGACGUCUUGGAUAUAACUGACUUGGAUAAUCUUUUGCAGGAGUUGGAUGUUUCUUUAUUCGCUAUUUGGAUGGCCUCCCACGAAGUUGACCAGAAAUAUCUGGCCCACCUCGCGCUUGCCACCAAGCAUGAAAACCCGUUUCUCUCAAGUAUGCUCUACAAAAUCCUCGGAUUAUCUGUGAUCUUGUCAAAAAAGUUACUUCGUGCUCGCAAGCUCCGUCGUUUGGAUCCUACGCGCGAAACGAAAUCAUUACAGCUGUAUCACCAUAUCGUCUGGCUCUCACGAGAGGGUUUGGUGAUAGUAGAGCAGUACAUUCUGCCCAUGGUGCAGGAUUACAUUGAACUGAAAGUACUCGCCUACAAACUGCGCGCCUCGUUUUACCACAUAUUCGUCCUCUUUCACAACCAACCAGCCAUUCACACGCCAGGCAUAUCUAGUCUUCCAAGUUCAUCGAAUUUGCAAAAUGGUAAUGGCUUCGGAUCUACAACCACCCCGUCUGAGCCUAAUCGGGCAUCAAUUACAACAACUCCGCCACCAACAGAGGGUGGCCCUGUCAGAAAUGUUACUCAAGGAGGCCCUCCAGGACUGCCGCCGGUACAGUCAUCAAAAUUCACAGCGUCUUUUCUUCUACCAGCCCUAGACUAUACGUUGACUGCCACCCCUUGUUUCGCCCAAGCUGCUGCUCUAGCUGAUACCCUCUUACCAGGGUCUCAUCCCUUGCGUCUUUCUGUGAAGCUAGAAUACGCCGCAUACCUUUACGACUGCCUCCACGAUGCCGACUCUUGUCGGCGACUAGCUAAACAAACCAUUGCCGAUGUAUACAACGCCCAAGAAGGCAUGGAUGACGAAAGUUUCGAGGAUGCUGCUGAACUAGUUGCUGUUCUUGGGCGGAUGGUUAGGCGAGGAGGUAAAACAAGUAGUGCUGGAGGAAGCAGCACUACUGGACGCGAUCACUCUCGCAGCAACGACGGUCAGAGCAUUGUUAGCAACCGCACGCCACCUCGACCAGCGCCUCUCACACCUACAAAACAACAUACUCCACCACACCACCGCACUCCCAACCGGAAAUCGAAUUCGCCUACCCCUACCAGGGCAAAGCCGUCUCCGAAGCCGUCUCCCACUUCUUCGCAGCUCAAGACGAAAGCGAUCACGAAACAAUCGCCAUCUACAGCAUCACGUGGUAGCACUACCCCUAAAGCUCCUGUUCCAAUUAUCAACCCGAUAUAA